CUGAAGGAGUCGCAGCAACAAAUUCCUUACAAGAAGUUCUUGUAUAUCUGGGUUGUAUCACUCUGCACCGGCAAUGGUGUUUAAGGGUAUAGAUGUAGGACGAUUUUGUGAGUAGCAGAUCUGGAGUUUUUAUAAAUAUGGAGAUAUUCUAAAUGUACAGCUGCAAGGGAUGUGAGGACGGUGUGAGGACCGUUUUGUAAGUUUCAAAUCCGAGUUCUGGGCUCCGAAUCCCGCUCUUUUUACGCCGGCAGUCGACCUCGGAUUGCUUACGUAGCCUAUUUUACACGCCAUGUUUGCAGUAGAUGCUGUCGAGAUCGGCGUCGGAUUCGCUGCAAACACUGACGGUUGGUCACUUAGUUCGAGUAUACUGCAGUCUUAAUAGAGCAGUGAUGAAAUCUUGAAGGUUAUGACAGAGUCGUGCUCUGUUAUUCCCAUGGAUCUUUCGUUUGUCAUCCUUCUUCCCGGAGCCUCGGAGGCCGGCCAAUUAACCAUUAAUGCAAUUACGGGGAUCCUCCAUGAGCUUGAAAUGAAACAGUAUAGGCAGGGUCAAGGUUAGCAAUGGCUACUCCAUGUCUCCAUCUGAACUUUCUUCCCUGUGUGCGACGGCAGAGAGCCCUUCCAACCGCUUCCAAGAGAAGAGGGCUUCACUUUCAAUUGUGAUUUCCCAGCAGGGGGCCCUAGACAUUUUCUGUGGCCCUUCCAAUUAUAAUCCUGAAAAUCCUUGAGAGCGGACAGCGGGUCUUUGGGAUUUUUUAUUAUUGAUUGCUUGGCCUGAUAGGAUACUGAAUUGAUUUAGAAUCUUCAUAAUGGCAUGACAAUUAUGGAGGUCAGAUUUAGCAAACAACCAACAAUCAUUCCCGAAGAGUAGAUGAAAAAUAACUUCGGCGCUUCUUCCUUCCUAACUGAAUGCCUUGGGGCUGACAGUCAGCAUGCAUUCACAGUAAAUAUUACCUCAUUAUAUCGCAAAAACCUGACAUUCCAUAAAGCACCAUUCUGUUAUUGGUGCAUUAUGCGUUCGGUCGAUGAACGUGAGUUUGAGUAUGAGAGCGGCCACUUUGUGUACAAGAUGCCAAAAAUUACCUCGAAGUCCACUCCUCCCAAGAUGCGGGAUAGCCAGGACCAACAUUGGCUUUGCCAAUCUCAUCACUCUUUCCAUAUAUGUACUUCAUGAUCAGAGACUUCCAUAUAGCAAAACGAGAGGAAGAUAUUGGUUUCUAUGCAGGAUUUGUUGGAUCUUCAUUCAUGAUUGGAAGAGCUUUAACUUCAGUUUUCUGGGGAGUGGUAGCAGAUAGAUAUGGUCGAAAACCUGUUAUAUUGAUUGGGACAAUUUCAGUGGUUAUAUUCAAUACACUCUUUGGCCUCAGUACAAGCCUUUGGAUGGCAGUUUCUAUGAGGUUUCUUCUUGGAUGUUUCAAUUGCAUGCUUGGGCCAAUAAGGGCAUAUGCUUCAGAAGUUUGCCAUGAAAAGUAUCAUGCUUUAGGACAAUCAAUUGCUAGUACAUCAAGGGGCAUUGGGUUUAUUAUUGGUCCAGCUAUAGGAGGUUUCUUUGUACAGCCUGCAGAGAAAUAUCCAAAUAUAUUUUCUGAUAAUUCUCUGUUUGCAAGGUUUCCAUACUUCUUACCAUGCCUUAUCAUAUCAAUCUUUGCUCUGGGGGCAUUUAUUUCUUGUUUUUGGAUUCCGGAAACAUUGCAUAUGCAUAACAGAAAUAACAAGGAAGAAUCAUAUGAUGCACUGGAAGCUUCUUCACAUAGAUCUGAUGAGAAGGAAGAAAUGAAAGAAACUGAACAAACUGGGCCACCUUCCAGACUAAGCCUCUUAAGGAAUUGGCCCUUAAUGUCAACUAUAAUUGUAUAUUGUAUUUUCUCACUUCAUGAGAUUGCUUAUGCAGAGGUAUUCUCACUAUGGGCUGUUAGUGAUAGAAAAUAUGGAGGUUUGGGCUUCUCAUCUCAAAGUGUUGGUGAAGUUCUUGCAAUCUCUGGUUUUGGUCUUCUGCUAUUUCAGCUUUUCCUAUAUCCAAGUAUUGAGAAAUUUCUCGGGCCAAUAAUGGUUUCCCGCCUUGCAGCGGUUUUGUCAAUUCCAUUGUUGUCAAGUUAUCCCUUUAUAGCUCGGCUAUCAGGCUUCACUCUUCAAUUAGUGAUAAAUUGUGCUUCCAUAUUGAAGAAUGUCCUAUCUGUGGUAACUCUUACUGGAUUAUUUAUUCUUCUGAAUAGUGCUGUUCCCCAACAUCAAAGAGGAGCUGCAAAUGGCAUUUCGAUGACCUUAAUGUCUACUUUCAAAGCAAUUGGUCCUGCAGGAGGAGGCUCUCUAUUCUCACUAGCACAAAAGCGUCAACAUGCUGCCUUCCUUCCAGGUGAUCAGAUAGUUUUCUUCAUACUAAAUGUAAUUACUGCAGUUGAAGUGGUCCUGACUUUCAAACCAUUUCUAACUCGGCCCUAAUGCGUGAAGCUAAUAUGCCGUCUAUUGAGCCUGCAGACUCCUUUUUGGUAGUUUCUCUAUGAAAUGAAGUUGUCCACCCCUAUCCCAGUUAUUAUGCAUGAUAACUCUUCUCAAAAGAAAAAAAAUGCUUGAUUACAAUUGCUAUAUUCCUGGACAACUGUAAAUCAAUUCUAAUACUAGAAUUAACUGUAGCAUGGUCUACUUUCUAAAGUAAAGAUCACAAUGAAGUUGUAAAGUUGGGUGGUUAUGGGAUUCGAGGAUGGGCUACCCCUGGUUGUGUAGCCCAAUGAAAAAAAAAAAAAAAAGAAGCUAGAGGUUCGAUAAACAAUGCAAUUUAUUUCCAA